CAGGAGCUGACUCCGUCCGGAGCACAGCGGUGGCUAGGACCCAGCGAGAGCCUGGAGAGGAGUCCGGAGGAAGACAAGCAACAUAAUUUAAAGCAGACAACUGUCCCAAAUAAGGUUUUUUCCCCUGAAAAUGCCUUCAUUCCGAAGUUGCGAGUGAGAGACUCUUGGCGUCCUGGAUGGGUGAACGCGAAGCUAAAGAAUAAUUUCAUCGGUUCCAGGGCUGAUCGGGGCUUUGAAGAGCUGGAUAUGCUUUUCAGAGACAUGAGAAGGAGUGUUUGGGGAUGGGAGAAGCCCUUGAAUCAAGAACCAUGAAACUGUACAUCGUCAUCCUCCUCCUGGCAGUGGCGAACAGAGGGACCUCCAACCAUCAGCCCAUAGAGGGGAUGUCCUGUGAGAUGGCAAACUUGCAGGCGUUUUGCUACAACAAAGACCUCCACCAAGUCCCUCAUGAGCUCCAUCGGAACAUAAAUAAAAUAGAUCUGUCUGGAAAUCUGAUCCAAAGCAUCCCUGAAAUGCCAUUAUCAUCUUACACUUCCCUCCAGUGCCUGGAUUUAAGCUCCAACCAGAUAAGCUUCAUCACGCCUGGAGUGUUUGCGCACAUGACGAGUUUGCUGGAAAUAAAUUUUGCCAACAAUCACUUGUAUGAGCUUGCUCAGAAUGGGACAGAGGGGAUUGGACUUUUACCCAAGGUGGAAAUCCUGGACUUGUCCCACAACAGUCUGUACAACGGGAUGGCUGAGUAUUUCAUUAAACAAGCUCCAGCACUACGGUAUCUCUCCUUGGCAGACAACAGUAUUAUAAUGAUAUCACACAAGAUGUUUCAGGGAUCUCCUAGUCUUGUGGAGAUAGAUCUUCAGAGUAACAUCAUCAUGGAAAUAGAAGAAGGUGCUUUUGAGACUCUAGCGAACCUUUCCAAACUCAAUCUCUCCAUGAAUUCAAUUACUUGCAUCUCUGAUUUCAACCUCAGGCAGCUGGAGAUACUUGACCUUAGCAGGAAUAGCAUUGAGAGCUUCCACACCACAAAGUCAGAUGAUGAAUACAGCUUAAGAUGUUUGGAUCUGAGCGAAAACAAACUGCUUCGCUUCCCAGUCUUCCCUCAGGUAAAUAAGCUGGUAACUCUGAAUUUAUCGAAGAAUUUAAUCCAGCUCACCUCUGAAUCCCCGCAUAAUAAAAUGGACUACAUGGAAAACGAAUGGCUAGAUGCUUCUUUUCAUCUUCUUGAUCAGAAGCCGAGUAGAAACAAAAGUUCUCUUUAUUUAUCCCAGCUUGUAUAUUUAGACUUAAGUUAUAAUGAAAUCAAAUCCAUUCCAGAUGAGUUCUUUGAAUCAAUGUUGUCCCUUCACACCCUCAAUCUCAGUAAAAACUGUCUUCAGGCAUUUGCAGUAACUUAUGACAGCGCAUUGGUCUCCCUAACGGUCCUCGACUUGAGCUCCAACGCUUUGCAAAGCCUUCUCCUCGAUGUCGGCACCUUGUCGAAUUUGAAGGAGCUCUAUAUUCAAAACAACCAUCUCCAGGCCCUGCAGUUUGAUAUCUUCUCAAGGCUUCCUAGCCUCAGGCUGCUUAAUCUGGAGAGCAAUAACGUCAGCCUCUGCAGCAUGUACUCGGGAUUAGCAAAGCAAAGACUUGCUGGGGAAGAAAGUGGUUGUGUAUCGUUUGUUGAUUCUCCUACUCUUCAGUACUUGUACCUAGCCGACAAUAUGCUGAACACUCUCCCAGCAUACACUUUCUACAAGACUUCUCUGAUUGUCUUGGAUCUCUCCAUGAACCCCGGACUGAAAAUAGAAGUUAAAGCAUUAUCAGGACUGGAAAUGUCUCUGGAAUAUUUGUAUUUACAUGGCAAUAGCCUGACAGAUUUAAAUAUUGACUUGCCUUGUUUUAGUCACCUUAAACAUUUAAACCUCUCUGAAAAUCAGCUGAACUGGCUGCCUAAGUGGGGUAGUGACUCUCCAGUGGAAGUUCUGGACCUACGGAACAAUAGGUUUAGUACAUUACAGAACAGUAAUAUUUUAGCAUUAGAAAAUUCCCUUAAAAACUUGUAUCUCACUGGGAACCCACUCAACUGCUGUGGAAACAUCUGGCUUUCAUCAAUGAUCCAGAACAAAAAUGUCCAGAUCCCCAACGUGGAGCACUUAACGUGCCAGUACACUCAGAACUUCGGGUACCAGGAAGAAAUGCACAUCGGGAACAUUAGACCAGAAGACUGUGAAAAAGAGGACCUGAAGAAAAUCAACUUCCUCAUUAUAUUAACAUUUGUGUUGGUUUUAUCCGUGAUCAUCAUUGGCGUGGGUUCAUUUUUUUGCUUCCGCAGGCAAAACUUCAGCCACCAGUUUAAAGCAUAG